UCAUCCUAACGCGUGCGUCCCAACCUUUAGGUAGCACGCAUAACUCCGACUGACUGUGAGUUGAUUUUGCCUUUGCUCGGUUUCCCUGAUUGGCUGCGGGCAAGUUCGCAGAAACCGCUUGAGGAAAUCACGUGACGAGAGUGCAGGCGAUCCAACGUGCAGUCCGUCGUAUGUGACCCGCGAUCUCCUUACACUGCGUAUCCGAUCGUGACGUCUGGAGGGAUACCCGUUCGCCCGUUGCAGGUUUAUCAAUACCGUGGACCAUUUGUGCGCCGCGCCUUCAAUCAAACUUCAACAACGGCCCAGUUGUUCCUAUUAUCCUCGUGUCCACGUCAAGUCAAGCCUCAUAUUUGCUCAUAUACGAACCAGAUCGGCAAACACUCCGUCGUGGAGGAACAUCGUCUUGUUUGCUCGCACUAGAUCAUGUUUUUUUUCUUUAGGUAGUUUGACCGACCAUUUUGCAAUCCUCCAAAGGCGACUUGGUUACUGUGAUCCCGAGGCUUUCUUGCGCGGCCUCAUUUUGUGGGGUCGGGGCGCAUCGGUCGGUUUCCGCGAGAUGCUCUCGGCCAGCUUUCUCUCGGCCGUCGUUUGGUAACUUACAUCUUUGGUGGUUCCACUCGGAGUCUGUUGCUGGACGCUCUCGUAUUUGUUUCGGCCGUCAAUAGACUGACAUAUCGCCCUUGAUUGCGAGCUAAGAUCUCAGUUAUCUGCAAAGAGCGAGGCUGUCAAUUAGGAGAGGAUUCACCAGCAAGCGAAACAAGUAUUUACCCAGGUUUGUUCUACCUGAGGUGUACAAACAUCCGAGGCGAGAUCCGCCGAGAGUGGGAGAUAUAGCUGCUGUAAAUGGCACUUCUUUGAAAAGUCACGUCGUGGGAUGUAGUGAAGAUAAAUCUAUACAGCCGUUGUUUGGAGAGAAACAAGAUGGCGACUGUCUACUGGGAGUGGCUGACGAUCAUACAACUCUGCCUUGGCAUCCUAGGGAUCGUGGGUAACCUGUUAGUUAUCGUUGUGUAUAUCAGUAAGAAGAAGCGGCAGAAUACCACCAACACCUUGAUCCUAGCCCUAGCCUUGACCGACCUCUUCACGUCUAUCAACAUUAUCCCCUGGCCAACGGACUGGCACGGCGCGGUGCCCCUGACCGCGCUGGGCCGGCUAUACUGCGGCGUGAUCUUCCCAAAGUUCUUCAUGUGGACGUCCAUCAUGGCCUCGGUGGGCCUCCUGACCAUACUGUCUGUGGAGCGCUACCUGGCGGUCUGUCGUCCCUUGUGGUACCGCACCGUCUUCAGCAAGACGCGCCCCUGGCACUUCAUCGUUGCCAUCUGGGUUUUCGCCGCCGUGGAGAAAUCCUUCAACCUGUACUGCACCGUCCCUACUCCGAGCGGGAACUGCGAGUUCAUCGUCCCCGGCAACGGUGGCUUCCAGAUAUUCCUGGCCGUUGGUGUCUUCACCGUCGAGUACAUGGUGCCCCUCCUGGUGAUGCUGGUAACGUACGUGAAGACGAUCCAAGCUCUCAAGCGGCAGGCCCGCAACCUUCUGGAGCAGAUCGACUCCCGGAACAACCCGGCCUUCUCCUUGCUGCAGACCCGCCGCAAGGUCAUCGAGAUGCUGCUGCUGGUCAUCGUGGCCUUCUCCAUCUGUUGGGGUCCGCUCCAGUUCGCCUUCCUGAUCGGCUCCUUAGGGAUCAAGGGCGACUAUUUCCUGAGCACUCUCCAGGACGCCUUCAUCGUCUUGGCCUUCUUCAACUCCUGCGCCAAUCCCAUCAUCUACACCUUCAAGAACAAAUCCUUCCGGAACUCGCUGCGUGACCGCUUCCGGUUGCGGCGCAAGUGGAACGCGGUGAGUUCGGUCACGGGCACUGCCACGGAGCCUGGCAAUAAAGAAUCCCAUGUGCAACGGACUGUUAGACCUGUGGACCGCCCUCUCGCGAUAGAAGACCUACCUGAAAUUGGAUAAUACCAUCUUCAUCACUAUUCAACCACUCACCACCAAGAAUGUCAGAGUUAACAACAACGUCGCUACACACACACAUAAAACAUAACGUGUGUCACAGGUGGUCGCUUGAAUUUCAAGCGGGUACAGUUCCACAUUCUUAGCUUUCUAUGAAGGCGUUUGUAAUGGUUAAUUUCUUGGCAGAUCCGAGCUCCCGUCAGAUACAGUGUCACUGCUUGCUCUGUUUCACCGAUGACAUAUCUCUAUUAAUUCAUGAGCGAAAAACUCACUCUCAGAAAAAGUGAGGCCCUCACAAAAACCACUCCAAAAGAGCGAAAACCACUCCAAAAGAUUGAAGACCACUCCAAAGAGUGAAAUUUCCACUUUGCCAAGGAGCCAUAACAUAGGACAACUCAAAAAGAGCUGUCCUUUAAAUGGCUUCUCUUUUAGAGUGAUUUUCACUCUUUUGGAGUGGUUUUCACUCUUUUGGAGUGGAUUUUAUGAUGGACUCACGCUCACGCAAGCGCAGGGUGCGACAGUCCAGUCCACUGCGCGCACCGCUUGAGCAUCAGAAGUGGCAGCGGGCUGCUUUAAUUGUAGUCGUAGUCGUUUCCUUUUCACUGCUUUUGUGGAGGACAGCGUUCUCACGAAGUCCGGAUAAAACAAAAAACCCGGUCUGGGAUACGCAAUGUACUUUCCUAUAAGGUUUUUUGCCAGUCUCGAGAGGAGACUAGUCGUCAUGCCUCGUGGAAUCUUCCCCUGUUGAAGUGUCAGACUUUCCUUAUGAAGAAAUUCUCCGGAGCCACGAAUAUAGUCUUUAUCCAAGCAUAGAGCUACAAACCCGGUUUGUAGCUCUAUGAUCCUAGUAAGCUUUGUGUUGUGUAAACAGAAUUGCGUUCCGGUCCAUGACCCUGAUCAACUUUUAGAAGUAUAGCAGGAACCCACUCAUGCAGGAGCGAGAACGAAUAAAAUUUUGGCCUCCGGGAAUACGCUAGUUGUACUAUCUCCAAUUCAUUUUUCCCCGAACGGCUGAAGUGUUCUUAUUCUUCCGAGUUAGGACUAAAAUUUAUCCAGAUAAUGAAAAUGCAUAAGCUUGGUCAGAAAAAAAUGAUGCAUAAUUUGCCGUUGAAGACGUGAAGAAAGUUACAUCUGAAGACCGAAACAGGGAAGAUCACAGGGGUGGAUCCGGGAAUUUUUACGGGGGGGGGAGUCAGGUCGUAGAUUUCCUUUUAAUGCCUCAUUUUUGCGGACCAGUUUGCACAUAAAAGAGGAAUCUAUGGGUUGCUAUCUCGUUUUUAUGUUUUUAAAUUCACUUUAUUUUUAAAAAUUAUGUUCUCCAUUUUUUAAACCAUAUUUUUUGUUAUAGAGCGGGGGUUUCAACCCCCCCCCAUCCACACCUGGAUCAAAGACUUCUCUCUGCCAGUAUCCGUUGUAGUUCAUAGUCUUCAAUAUACCAUGUGUUGUUGAUCAAUUUCUUAGAAAGGGGGAAAGGACGUCACGUAAUGCCCCGUCCUGUGAAUCGAUUAACUCACGACUGUUCAUGUCUGGACUAUUGCAACUUGCAAGGUCUCCAUUCUACCAUUUUGAGGUAUACACCCCAUCUUAUAGAGAAAGGACACUUUCUCUAUAGUCUUACCGAGUCGGUGGAUCAGACCCACCGACCACGUCAUAAACCAAAGGCUACAACAGGCCUCUAUAAUCAUCAUGACUAUAACAGAACACGGCAUAGUGGGGAAGUUUACAUUAUCGUUCCGGCUUGCUCAACUUGUAAUAUGACCCCACCAGUGUACCACUCAACGGGAAAUCCGCAUUCCGGGAAGUGGAACUUUUUUUUUUGCCUUUUUCGUGUAUGA